GGCCGCGCAGCGACCUGUUGUGAUCCCGUCAUGGCGCGCUACGCCCGUGUCGCUCCUCUGGUCGCGUGUCUGUUGUUCGCCUGCGUGGUAGAGGGACACCGAUGGCGACGACAGGCGGAAGAGUCCGCUAAGAAAGACGACAGCUUGGAGCAGGAGCUAUGCAAGGACAAGGACGCCGGCGAGUGGUUCCGCCUGGUGGCCGGCGAGGGCGACAACUGUCGCGACGUCAUCCAGUGCACCGCCUCAGGCAUUCAAGCUAUCCGUUGUCCUGCCGGUCUAUAUUUCGAUAUCGAAAAACAGACAUGUGACUGGAAAGUGGCAGUGAAGAACUGCAAGCUAAAGAACAAGGAGCGCAAGAUCAAGCCUCUGUUGUAUACCGAAGAGCCUCUUUGCCAAGAUGGAUUCCUCGCCUGUGGAGACUCGACUUGUAUCGAGCGAGGUCUUUUCUGUAACGGCGAAAAAGACUGCACCGACGGUUCCGACGAAAACUCCUGUGAUAUCGACAACGACCCCAACAGGGCCCCACCCUGUGAUACGUCGCAGUGCGUGCUGCCAGACUGCUUCUGUUCCGAGGACGGCACCGUCAUCCCCGGCGACCUGCCCACCAAGGACGUGCCCCAGAUGAUCACGAUCACCUUCGACGACGCCAUCAACAACAACAACAUCGAGCUGUACAAAGAAAUUUUCAACGGCAAACGUAAAAAUCCAAACGGUUGUGACAUCAAGGCCACAUUCUUUGUCUCGCACAAAUACUCAAAUUAUUCAGCCGUGCAAGAAACUCACAGAAAGGGACACGAGAUUGCUGUUCACUCCAUUACGCACAAUGACGAUGAGCGCUUCUGGAGCAACGCCACAGUCGACGACUGGGGCAAGGAGAUGGCCGGCAUGAGGGUCAUCAUCGAGAAGUUCGCUAACGUCACCGACAACAGCGUGGUGGGUGUCCGCGCCCCCUACCUCCGUGUGGGUGGCAACAACCAGUUCACCAUGAUGGAGGAGCAGGCCUUCUUGUACGACAGUACCAUCACCGCUCCUCUCUCCAACCCCCCUCUAUGGCCCUACACCAUGUACUUCCGCAUGCCCCACCGCUGCCACGGCAACCUGCAGAGCUGCCCCACUAGGAGCCACGCCGUGUGGGAGAUGGUGAUGAACGAGCUCGACCGCCGCGAGGACCCCAGCAACGACGAAUACCUCCCCGGAUGCGCCAUGGUCGACUCCUGCUCCAACAUCCUGACCGGCGACCAGUUCUACAACUUCCUGAACCACAACUUCGAUCGCCACUACGAUCAGAACCGCGCUCCUCUGGGCCUGUACUUCCACGCAGCGUGGUUGAAGAACAACCCCGAAUUCUUGGAAGCAUUCCUAUACUGGGUCGAUGAGAUCCUGUCGACUCACAACGACGUAUACUUCGUGACCAUGACUCAGGUCAUCCAAUGGAUCCAGAACCCUCGCACCAUCAGCGAAGCUAAGAACUUCGAGCCCUGGAGGGAGAAGUGCGCCGUCGAGGGCAUCCCCGCCUGCUGGGUGCCCCACGACUGCAAACUCACGUCCAAGGAGACCCCCGGCGAGACCAUCAACCUGCAGACUUGCUUAAGAUGCCCAGUCAACUACCCCUGGCUCAACGACCCGACAGGUGACGGGCACUACUGAAUAGGAUCUCGCGCCGAGUCUGGUGCAAAUUAGUUUAUAAAUAAAUUACAACAUCCGAUUGCGAGGACACGUUCGUGUAUGAGUAACAAAUUUACCAUCGUCGCUAAACAAAAGUCGGAAUAUGCGUCCCUGUAAUUAAAAAUGUACUGGGUUAAAAUCCCGUCUGUAGUCUAAGUAGCUACCUAACUGUAAUAUAGACUCACAUGAAUAUUUAAUAGGUCUGUUUAAUACUUUAUGUGAUUUUUGUACUGUAAGUCUGUUUGAUAAAAAUUUAAAAUAAAAAAUGAUAAAAAUUA